AUGGCCAACGAGGAAAGAGACCGAAGGGACCGCAAAAAGGGGGGCGUGACCGCAAAGCUGCCUACAGUGGAGGCACCGCGUCAGGCGCGUCAGGCUAUGUGCUGUCUAAAGCCAGCCACAAAGAAAAAAUCGGAGAAGAUUGUAAAAAGGAGGAGUCGAGAAAGAGUGGAGAGCCAGCGCAGCUGGCACAAGUGUGCCAAGAGACACGGGCAUCAUCGCUGGAGGCGAGGCCACCAGCCUCAUCCUGGCUGGUUCCAGCGAAGACAUCAUCAGCCCAGACCUCGCCUCGGCGCCGUGUCCCUGCGGCCGGCCAACGUCAAAGGCAACCGUGCGCCUGGCAUGAGAGCCCCGAGGAACACCAACCAGUUCCUCAUGCACGAGAAGUACCAGCUGAUGCACAUGCGAUCGGACUCGGUGGGCACGGACAGUGGCUCGGACUGCGAGCUGGACUUUGCGGACAUGGACGCCUACCUCGGCGUGCUGGAGAACGCUAGGGGCGCCCUUCUGGACAGCCCCGACCCGCCCUCGCCCCCUACAGCCCGCCUCGGCGCACGGCAGCAGCUGGGCGAGUGUCGAGCGUUCACCUUCUUCAGCUUCGCAGAGCUGGGGCAGCAGCAGGAAGAGAGCAUGCAGUACUUUCCAUCCGAGGACGAUGUCAUGCAAAGCGAGGACUUCAUGAGGAAAGACUUUAACGCGUUCUGUGACGCGGUGGCACCUUGUAUAUAGACCUGCCACAGGUAAAAAAAAACAAACAAAAAAUGCCAUUUGUAUGUACAUCCGGACCGACAAGUAUUUAUUACACUGUUGUAAGCCAUUUUUGCUGUUGUCAUGCCAUUUCACGAGCUGUCUGUAUGUUUUUUUUGUUUUGUUUUUGUAAGUGGUGGAAGGUUCGAUUCAGUCUUGCGAACCGAUUCUUUACAACUGUGCUUUUUAAACACCCGAACGUUCAAUUAAACUAUUCAUUGAUUCAUUGAA